AUGAAUAUAGAUUCACAAGUUGAUAAUAAUAAUAACAAUAUUAAUAACAAUAGUAGUAGUGAUAUUAUUUUUGAUACUGAUUAUAGCAAUGAUACUGUAACAUCAAAAACUACAACAACAACAACAACGACAAACAAUGAUGAUGAUAUUAUUUUAGAUACUGAUAAUUUUGAUAAUAACAAUAAUAAUAUUAAAGAUAAUAAUAAUGAUAGUAACACAAGUAAUAUAAGUAAUAAUAGUAAAAUAGAUUUAGAUAAUAACAAUAAUAAUAAUAAUAUAAAAGAUUAUGAUAUAGAGGAAGAUGAUAUAUUUAUUGAAACUAAAAAUGUUGUAAAUAAUAAUAAUAAUAAUAGUAAUAAUAAUAAUAAUAAUAAUAAUAAUAGUAAUUAUAAAGAUUAUCAAUCGACUAUAUCAUCUUUAUCAAAUAAAAAACAACCUUUACAAUCAUCGUCAUCAUUAUCAACAACAACAACAACAACAUCAUAUUCAUCAAUAGAGAAUAGUAAUCUAUUCAAACCAUUCACCGCUUGGUUCGCCAAAGAUAUUACAUCUGAUAUUAAAUUAAUGUGGAAACAAUACGGUGGAACUACACAUUCUACAUAUUCCACUGCAUACUUUUGGUUUGUUGAUGAUCCUUUUCAGGUUGAUUCGUUCAAGGUUAUUACAUCGUCCGAUGGCGAAUAUGUAUUUGCAAUCGAUGUCAAGUGGAUUCAUCAUUGUCUGCACGAUAACACACUACACGAAUGCACUGCUUUUGUGAUUGAUCGCGACAAAGUGCUGUCGGAACGCCACAGAUAUCAAGCGAACCUCGAGUUGGAGAAACUGAAAGAGCGAGAACUCAACCUCCACUCGGUGGACGACGAUCACUACCACGAUGUCGAUGGAGUCGAUGCCACCUCGUCCUACGACUUCUUCUCAUCCGACAUAUUCUCAUUCACUCCACUCUCACUCUCUUCAUCGUCACUCUCCUCACUCAAAGCUAAAUACAUAACACCAAAGAUUCACAAUGUAGAGAAUAUAAUUAGUAUGGAAAUAGAUGAGUUUUCAAAUAGUAGAUACAAAGUGAAGAUGCCUUCGAGCAAUCAAUAUGAAACGAUUUCGUCGUCAUCGCUUCAACUUACAGCUCCGCUAUCUCAUAUGUCCAAUAUCGAUGUUAAUAUGGAUGAAUUGAAGACCACCGCUGGAAGAAACUAUGAUGAUGAAAUAGGUAUUGGAUUAACAAGAGAUUAUUUAGAAAAUGAAAAUGAUAAUAAUGAUAAUAAUAAUAACAAUAAUAGUAGUAGUAGUAUAAGUAGAAAUAAUAAUGAUAAUAACAAUGAUGAUGAUGAUAAUAAUAAUAGUAAUACACUAGUUGAAACACCGACUUUAAAUUGGUCACAACAGGAACGUGAAGAUGUUGAUUUCGAUAAGAUGCCUGCAACUUCCAGCAGUCAAACCAGCUCACUAUCACAGUCAACUGCAAUGACUGUAUUUUCAACAACUCCAACAACUCCAACAACUCCAACAACAACUCCAAUAAAGAAGACUCCAUGUGUAUUCGAUGAAGUGGAUGACGACGAAAUGUUCACAACUGGCGGCGAUGGUAGUCCACCACCACCUCUUUUCGAUAGUGAAGAAACAACAACUAAUAAUAAUAAUAAUACGGUUACAACGACAACAACAACAACAACAACAAGUUCUCCUUCAAAAUUCAAUAGAAAUGAUAUUAAUUUAGAUGACUAUGAAGAUGAAGUCGAUGAAAUAGUUAUAAUACCAACUCUACCACAACCAACAACUACGACAACUACAACUACAGCAAGUUCCAAUCGAGGUACUUUAUCAUCAGCACCAUCAUCAAAAUCAGUGCAACACAAACAACCAGCAUUACAACAGCAACAGCAACACCACUAUCCUAGAUUGAAUAUGCAGAAUAUUCCUACACGGACAACAACAACAACAACAACAAAGUCGAACAAUCCAAUAUCUACUUUCGAAGACGAAGACGAUCCAAUUUCACAAGAUACUUUUGAUGUAUCCAAAUUUGAACCUACAAGAAUUAGUAAAGUAUCAACUUCAUCAGCAACAUCAACAUCAACAUCUACAACACCAACAAAAAGCUAUAACAAAAACAACCAACAACCUCACCAACCAAGUAAUAAUAACAAUAAUGAUUUAGAUGGUCCGCUAUCACCAGCGAAACCAGUUUUCAAGAGUAUUACUGAUGACUUUAGUCUUGUGAGUGUGAAACCGAAACCCAAACAACAAUCACCACCAACACCAGCUUCACCAAGUAAAACAUCAUCACCCUCAACAACAAAACUGAAACAAACAACAAUAGAAGCUACGACUGCUCCACAGUGGCCACCACCAAACCGAGCCAAAAAACCUCUUGCCAAAUCACAGCAACCACCUGAAAUUAUAGAUCUAGACGAUUAG